AUGACCACUCUGCUGGUACCUGGUUCUGUCCAAAUAUGGACCAAGAAGAAUGGGUUGACUAAGUCAAAAGGUGCAUAUAUUGAGAUCGUGGAAGAGGAUGAGAAGGUUAGAAUGGUGAUCCAUUUCAGCACCGAAGACAGUAUAAAAGAUUUCCCACUAACUAAUAAUGUUAGAGAGGUUGGCUACAGAUUCGAUGAAGAAGGGCAAAAUCACCUCCAUAUCACUUUCCAAAAUAAUAGCUUCCUGUAUAUUGGCCAGUUGGCCUACAGUGAUGCUGUACAGUUGAAGAGCAUUCUGGAUAGGGUUCCGAAAAAAGAAGAUCCACCGUCCGCGGGACCUCCUCAAGAUACAGGUAGCUCUUCUGGAACAACAGCACAGGAAGAGACCCUAACCUCAGCUCAACGGAGAGGGGGGGACUCACAGAGUGGGUCGUUGGCAGCAGCGCUGGAAAGAGAGUUAUCUUCUUUGUUAGCAGCCUGCUUACUCAAUGCCCACACAGUGUCAUCAGAACGUAGACGUGGGAAAAGCAAAAAGAAAUCCCGUUACAUCAAGGAGGCGACAAUGUAUAGGUACCUCCUAAUCAAGAAACUCAGUGUACAUCCUGUGAAAUAUGUCACCCUCCAUCUUGAGAAACCGUUGGUUUUCAAAGGAUUUAGACAGGACGCGAAAUUGAAAUUUUCAGUUCAGUUUGAUCCCAGUUCUGGUGAAAGCUCUGCCCCAGAUAAGACUCAACAAAUGCGAAUAGUCUCCUUCUCAAACCUUUUGAGCCAUCUCUUUGAGCCGACCUAUCAACAGGAUAGCCUAGAACCGUGGGAGGAAACUGAGUUGUGCUUUGCCUUUUGUCCUGAUAAACAGUGGCAAGGCUUCCCCAAUACCGGCAACACUUGCUAUAUGAAUGUAGUGUUGCAAACAGUCUUUUGUAUCCCAUCUUUCUGUGAUGAUUUACUGAGUCAGACCCUCCAGUGGGGUAAAGUUCCCUUUAAUGAUCUGUCUUUAUGUUGUGCUCAACUGCUUCUGUUGCGAAAUAUAUGCAACUUCAACAUUAAGGACAAAAUACUUGAAAACAUGAAGAGAAUCAUUUCAACCAUCAGCAGUACUUUCUCUACGGACGCCCAGAAUGAUGCCCAUGAGUUUUUAGGCCACUGUUUUCAGCACAUGAAAGAGAGUUUGAACAAAAUACAAUUGGUGUUGGAGGCCAGUUGUGAAGCUGAGACGGGCAGCGUGCCUCAGUGUGCUGUGCCAGAAGCACUGGUGUGUCCCAUCACCACAAAUUUUGAAGUUGAGCUGCAAUACUCAUUCAUUUGUGAGGGCUGUAAUCACAUUGUUAUCAAACCGGAAGUGAGCAAUUACCUCUCGAUCAACCUUCCCCGAGAAAAGGUUAAAAAAGAAUUUUGCAUUCAGUCCAGUUUAGAUUUAUACUUUCAACCGGAAGAAAUCGACUAUAGAUGUGAGAUGUGUAAUUACAAAGGGUCAAUUGCCACGUAUGCCUUUAAGAAGCUUCCCAGGGUCCUCAUUAUUCAUCUGAAACGCUAUAACUAUUGUGAUAAUUGGUUCUUAAACAAGGAUCACCAGGUUGUCCUUAUUCCCAAAUACAUAGAUUUAGGUUCUCAUUGUGAUGAAAACACCCAGCUACCUACUCCCUUGGGAAACUCUGUCCAUAUUUGGGAUUCUGAAGCUGAAGUACUCCCUGAAGUUGUGACAAAAGGUAUCUCUGAGCCACCCACACCACCAGUCAACUUGCCCUCUGACAUGGAUUCCUUGUUUAAGUACCUCGUGUCACCCAAGCUGAUAGCAAAACUAAGAGCUCAGAGCGAAAUGGAGGAAAGGGCAAGAAGACAACAGCAAGGUAAAGAUUUAGCAAAGGGUCCUCAGCCAGGUAUAAGAGACCCAGAAAUGGGAAGUUCAGGAUUAAAGGCAGCCAGUGAAGAGCAGCUGCCAAAAGGCAGCUCAGCAAAGCAUAAGAAAUGCAAAAGUAAAAGUCAUGUAUUGGCUCGUCUCCAACAGGCAUAUAACCCUGUAAAAUAUAAGGAAAUGGGAACAAAGUCUGGAAAUGGGAGAACACCAGAAGAACCCCACAAGGCAUCUGUGGUGUCGCCCAGAGAUUCGGAGGAGGCAAGGUUCUCCUGGCCUCAGAAAACAUCAUCGCCACAUCUUGAGACACCACUCGCUCAGGGGCACACCGAGAAGCUUAGCAGACCUGUGGAAGUAAGUUGCCAGGCGGCAAAAGUGGAAUCCCACGAUGAAUCGUGUUCCAGUCAGAACGCUGGGAAGCAAGCUACUUCAGCUACCGAUGAUGAAGAUGAACACGUUAGAGCUGAAAGAGAGAAGCAGGUCAGUGGUCCUUUCGCUUAUCAGCUCUUUGGUAUGAUCAGCCAUGUGGGGGAUAACCUUCAAUCAGGUCAUUAUGUCAACGAUGCCUACGACUUUGAGAAGAAGGAAUGGUUCACCUACAGUGACCUGAAAAUUUCGGUGUUGACCAAGGAUCCAAAGAUGAUAGCGAUUAGGCCUCUCGGUGGGUACAUCUUCUUCUAUAUGCAGAAGGAUGUUUUCGAAGAGCUUGAGAAACGGGCAGAGGAUUCCCAGAGUAGUAGCACAGAGGCAGCUGGGGAUGCCUCUCAGAAGGAAUGA